AGCCUGUUCCCCGCUUUCUCCGGCGGCGGCCCGGGCUGCACCCAGCUCCGACCCGAGCCCGCGGAGCCCAGCUCCUCUGGGAGCGCGGCGCGCUAGGGGCGCAGCCGGCUCUGGGGCGCAGGGACGCCCUGGACCCCUGACCUGGGAGGCUCCGCCGAGGGGAGCCGCGCGAGGCAGUGGCCUCCGCGGAGGAGCCGGAUGGGCGCAGCGGGUGGCAAGGCCAGGCUGGCGGCCGCGCGGGAGAUGCAGGUCUGCAGCCGGGGCCGGUGGACGCCGCCGUGCGUGUGGCCGUGAACCAGGCCGCCCUGUGGCCCCCGGCGCCCCGGCCUAGGAACAUGACAACAGCGCAGAACGGCCACGGGCCAGGUGCCGCACCCAUCUGCACAGUGUCCGAAGUGGCCAAAGACGCCAAGAUGGUGACGUCCCCCGCGUGGCAGAACGGAGGCUGCCGCGGCGGCGACGCGGACACCCAGGAAGCCCGAGGGAGCCCCUCCAAGCUCGUGCGCCUCUUCUCGGCGAGCCGCAAGAGGACGGGCGAGAGGCCGCGCUCCGUGGUGCUGGUGGGGAGGUCCUCCACCUGGAACGCGCUCGCCUCCUUCCGGAAAAUGGGAUCCUUCAAAAAACUGAGGUCCUCAGUCCUGCAGGGAAUUCAGAGCCGAGAGGGGUCGGAGGCCUCCAAGGCGGAUGCUCCGGAGCGUGACCCCGGGAGACCCGCCUGCAACGGCGCCGUCGUGGGCGUCCGGGCCGGCGACGGCCCCGGGCCGGGGGACGCGGGCGCGUCCGACUGCUCGGACCCCGAGGACGGCGACGACGCCUUCCAGCGGAGCACGCACCGCUCGCGCAGCCUCCGCAGGGCCUACGCGCUGGGCCGGCUCAGCCUGCGCGACGCCCCCGCCGCCGACGCGCCCCCGGCCCGGCCCCUGUCCGCGCUCGCGCCGGAGCCCGCCCCGCGCCCGGUCCCGGCCCGGGGCCCCGACGGCGGCAUCCGCAGGAAGAGCAAGAGCACCGACAACCUGAACUUUCUGAAGAAGAGCUCCUUCAAGCGGAAGUCCACCUCCAACCUCGCCGACCUCAGAGGGGCGCACGAAAAGCCGCCGCCGCCCCAGCGGACCCUGAGCAGCUCCUCCGCCGACUCCGAGAGGCUCGGCGCGGCCGACAGGAGGACCAAGCGCUGGAAGAGCCCGAUCAGGGCCAGGGACUUCGACAGGGUCCUGAGACUGGUCAGCAACGUGACAGACGCCGCCUGGAAGAGGGAGAGCCCCAAGAGCGGGGCGCCGGCCCCCGGCGAGGCCGCCCUGCGGCUGCGGCUGCACAGCCGGCUGCACGACGACUACUCGCGCCGCGCGUCCGGCAGCACCGAGCGGGACCCCCGGCGGGGCACGCCACCUGCGCCCGGCCCCGCCGCCCCGGGCUCCCGCCCGGCCACUCCCCAGUGUCCCCGCGUGGACGUCGACACGGCCGUGUUUCCUCUUGAAGCCAAAAGCGCCCGGGGAUCAGUAAGUGACAGUCCUUGUGCCACCAGCUCCUCAUCUAGUUCGCUCGCCCAGGAAGCGUCCAGCAAAGACUCGGAUGAGCCCAACGCAGGCAGCCGGUUUACAUUUGACCUGGAGCAGCCUCCCACGCCUCUGAGGCCCACCGCGCCCAAGCCCCAGAGCCCUAAGAGCCCCGGGGCAGGGAGUGCCACGUGUCCCAACCACCAGAGCGCACUGUCCCUCAGCUCAGUGGAGAGUGGAGAAAGGGCAGAGGACCCCGCUCAGAGAGAGCCAGCGCCCGCGUCCCCCCAGCGCUCUGUGCAAACCACGUGUGGCGAUGGGGGCAGCGGGGACCCUCAGCCCAGCCUCGGCCAGGCGGCCAGUCCAGAGGAAAAGAAGGAGGAGGUUGUCCCUGAUGAGCCCUGGAGGCGAGGCUCGUCCCAGGAGGAGGAAAGGACGGAGGCCCAGAGGAUCAGCAGGAGGAGAUGGGGCUCUGGGCAGCGGCCGCGGCCCCGGCCGCUCUCCGACUACAGCCAGCUGGGCAGCCGCAGCCUGUCCAUUCCCGAAGACUCCGUUGCGGGGGACCCCCCGGAGGAGGACCGAGCAGACGGGGACCCCCAGGCGAGCGCGGCCACUGCCAGCCCUGCAGACCAGAACGCCUCCCUGGGCUGCCCCCGAGGAGCACGGAGAAGACGCCCCAUUUCUGUGAUAGGUGGGGUCAGCUUCUACGGGAACAACCAGACGGAGGAAAUAGAGACUCUUCUGACCCAACCAGCAGCCAGGCCGCCCGUGCCCGCUCACCAGGUGCCGCCCUACAAGGCCGUGUCGGCCCGGUUCCGGCCCUUCACCUUCUCCCAGAGCACCCCCAUUGGGCUGGACCGCGUGGGACGCCGGCGGCAGAUGAGAGCGUCCAACAUUUCUGCAGAUGGAGGUACUGAGUCCUCUGCCCUAGUCGAUGACAACGGCAGCGAGGAGGACUUCAGCUAUGAAGACCUCUGCCAGGCCAACCCGCGGUACCUGCAGCCGGGCGGGGAGCAGCUGGCCAUUAACGAGCUGAUUGGCGACGGCAGCGUGGUCUGCGCGGAGGCCCUGUGGGACCAUGUGACCAUGGACGACCAGGAACUGGGCUUCAAGGCCGGUGAUGUCAUCCAGGUUCUGGAAGCCUCCAACAAGGACUGGUGGUGGGGCCGGAAUGAGGACAAGGAAGCCUGGUUCCCCGCGAGCUUUGUCAGACUGCGAGUUAACCAGGAGGAGCUGUUGGAGAACUCCAGCGGCGCCCACGGAGAGGAGCCGGACGAGGACGCCGGCCACGGCCACCACAGGCACAGUGAGAACAAGCACCAGAUGAGGACGAACGUCAUCCGGGAGAUCAUGAACACCGAGCGGGUGUACAUCAAGCACCUCAAGGACAUCUGCGAGGGCUACAUCCGACAGUGCCGCAAGCACACGGGAAUGUUCACUGUCGCACAGCUGGCCACUAUUUUUGGAAACAUUGAAGAUAUUUACAAAUUCCAAAGAAAGUUUCUGAAAGACCUUGAGAAACAGUACAAUAAAGAGGAACCUCACUUAAGUGAAAUAGGAUCCUGCUUUCUUCAACAUCAAGAGGGCUUCGCCAUCUACUCCGAGUACUGCAACAACCACCCAGGCGCCUGCCUGGAGCUCGCCCAGCUCAUGAAGCAGGGCAAGUACCGCCACUUCUUCGAGGCCUGCCGCCUGCUGCAGCAGAUGAUCGACAUCGCCAUCGACGGGUUCCUGCUCACGCCGGUGCAGAAGAUCUGCAAGUACCCGCUGCAGCUGGCCGAGCUGCUCAAGUACACCACGCAGGAGCACAGCGAUUACAACAAUAUAAAGGCAGCAUAUGAGGCCAUGAAGAACGUGGCGUGCUUGAUCAAUGAGCGCAAACGCAAGCUGGAGAGCAUAGACAAGAUAGCCCGCUGGCAGGUGUCCAUCGUGGGCUGGGAGGGACUAGAUAUCUUAGACCGAAGCUCAGAGUUGAUCCAUUCUGGGGAACUGACCAAAAUCACUAAGCAAGGCAAGAGCCAGCAGCGGACGUUCUUCCUGUUUGACCACCAGCUGGUGUCCUGCAAGAAGGACCUGCUGCGCAGGGACAUGCUCUACUACAAGGGUCGGAUGGACAUGGACGAGAUGGAGCUCGUGGACUUGGAGGAUGGGCGGGACAAGGACUGGAACCUCAGCGUGAAAAACGCCUUCAAACUCGUCAGUAAGAGCUCGGACGAGGUUCAUCUGUUUUGUGCCAAAAAACAAGAGGACAAGGCCAGGUGGCUGCAGGCCUGCGCGGACGAGAGGAGGCGGGUGCAGGAGGACCAGGAGAUGGGAAUGGAAAUUUCAGAAAAUCAGAAGAAACUCGCCAUGUUAAAUGCUCAGAAGGCAGGACAAGGAAAGUCAAAAGGCUACAGCGGCUGCCCCCUGGCCCCGCCGCACCAGGGCCUGCACCCCCUGCACCAGCGCCAUGUCACCGUGCCCACCAGCGUCCCCCAGCAGCAAGUCUUCGCCCUGGCCGAACCCAAGAGGAAGCCUUCGCUCUUCUGGCACACCUUCAAUAAGCUCACGCCUUUCCGGAAGUGAGAGCCGGAGGCCGUGCUCCAGCUGAGGCAGUCGCAAAGAGGAGAACCAGUUCCGUCUCUUCUGCGCUUAAAUCCAAGGCAAGUUUCUCGGACCCAGUGCUGAAAACUUCUUUUCGGGGAUCAGUGAAAGAGAGAAGGACUUGGACUCACCUUCAGCCUUCAGAGAGACCCGGCUGCCUUCACGGAAGGGCGGAGAAGGUCGGGACGCACAGCUUCAUCCUGCAUGAGAACCCCCUCUCCCCGAGACCCCCGCUCUGAGGUGGCCGAGACCCGGGACCCAGUACGACGCUCCCAAGGGAACCCUGAGACGGGCCCCCUCGAGCCUCGCCCACCAGCGACGAGCAAGCUUCCGCUACGGUGCCCGCACAGGGGGUCUCGAGGGGUUCAGUUCCUAAGGAAGGACUAGAUUAGAGGAUCCCUUUUGCGUUCGAAGGGAGCCGUGGGGACGAGGUUGGUCCCCUGCUGUCUCUUGCUAGCGCGUGGCUGGGCGCACCCAGAAGGUGAGCUCUUACUCCUGUCCAUAGUAUCCGGGAACCUACCGCUGCUGUGAGACGGCCGUGGUGUUUCCUGGUGUCUUCUGAGUCCGCACAGUUGCCAAACGCUAGUCCAGGCGGCGUCUUGCAAGAUUCCUCUUCCUGCACGCAAAGGGGAGGAAGCCAUCACCUGGCUGCAUGAUCUGCAACCCGGAGUGACUUAAGCAUCCUCAGGGUCCUGCUGCUUUCCAGACAAGGAGGGAGAAAUCCUGCUGCACGCUGGGUUUGUGCUUAAGCAGGUCCUCUGCUGCCUUGAGUAACUCCACAAGCAGAAUUCGUGUCUUGCCCACACGCCAUAAGAAACUCUGCCAUUCAAACAACUUUUGGAGAUAUAAAAGCCCAUUUGCUCUAAUUUUUAUGACAAAGGAAGUAUGAAAAUGCACUGUUGGAAGGCAUUCUCCAAGGGCAUCCCUGCCCUGCUCCUGGCAGCCUCACCCAAUUGUAACAAAAUUACAAAGACACAUACAGGUCCACGGAGAAAACAGGAGGGGGCUGAAGCAGUCCUGCUUCCUGGGGGAUUUGAACCCGCCUUCGUCACAUGAACCCAAAACAAAAGCACGUGACUGUGCCGCCAUAUGAAUGCUGGCAGAUUUCCGAAGACUAAUUCUUUACAAGAGAUCUUAACAAAAUAUCAGGGGCUUACAGAUAGCGGUCGCAACGAAGGCCACACGGGCUGAUACCUGCGGACAAUAAUCUCAUUUAUUUGUUUGUGUUGUGCAUUUUGAUGAAAAUAACUUUUAGCUAUGUCUGGAGAAGACAGGUUCUGUAAGGGAGAAUGCUGUUUCAACCCACUCAGUGCCCUGGCUGAAAGAUGUUGUGUCACGUGGUUUUGGGAUUUCUAUUGGAAAAGCUCCCUUUUGUAUGCUCCUCCUGCAAAGUUCUUUCUUCUAGUAGACCCGUACUUUGAGAAUAAACAAAUCUGUGAUGUCAAAGACAGAGGUGUAGUCUCCAGUCUCCAGGUGUGUGUUCCUCCAUUCUUCCCGGCCUUCCCUCCCCGCAUCCAGAGCUAUUCCGUGACAUCCCACAUCAGGAAAACGUACCCCUGGCCCUCUCUGGCAGGCCCUGAGAGCAUUCCCUGACUGUUCUCACCCUGCUCUGCGCCGUGGCCUGCCUGCCUGUAGGCAGCAGUGCUGAAGCAUUGCGGUGCCCUGCGGCUCCUGAGGUAGAAGUCGCUGGGUGAGGAACAUUCUUGGGAGGUGCUAUGGCGUGUGACUGUGGGUAUGUGUGCGUUUACUUCUCGAAUAGACAUUUCAACUUUAGUUGUAUUUGUAUAACUGACCUUUUUACUAACAAAAUACAAUGAUAUAUUUUGGAAACUGUACUUAAUGUGCUUUUCCCUGACACCUCAGCAAUAACCGUGGGGGUCUCUGUGCUACAUAGAGCUGUUUGUAUGUAUAGCAAUUUUGAGCAAUUUUUUUAAUGUGAUAUAAGACUUGCUUUAAGGAAGUAAAGAGAAUCUUUUGCUUAUGUUACAUUUUCAGUGAGGAUUCAAUUAAAGAGUCACUCUUAGGGCUUCCAAUUUCCUAAUAUUCACUCAUGGGCAAAUGAAGAAGAAUGCUUUAAAUUUUGUGACCAGUCCUAAUUUAUUCCCCAGCUGAGCCCUAACUUCCGGUUCCCACCUACCUCCAUGGACUUCCUAACAGAGAGUCAUGAAUACCAGGAUGUGUUUUUGUUAAGUCAGGUUCAAUUCAACUCCCAGGGUUGUCCCUGUCAGUUUUAUACAGUGUGAGAAUCACUUGAUCAAAUAUCUGACCAAGUAGAGUCCUACUUGGGUUUUCAGGUGGUUUUGAGAACUGCUAAUGUAUUUUUUAAAGGAUAGAACAUCCUUUGACUUCUUGAAAAUCUGUAUGUCUAGCUUGGGUUUUAUUUACCAAAUACCUGAGUUCUUCAAAGAAUGGAAGGCUCAAUUUUUGGCUUGAAUUCUCAUCUUUGCUUGCCAAACUUCCUUCUUGAUUUAAGUCACAUGUUCCACUUGGAAAGAAGAAAGAAACAACAAAGAGCCUCCUAAGUGGAUCAUGUGUGAAUUUCAUUGGGACUCUCACUCCCUCCUGUCUUUCUCUCUUUUUAACCUUCCAUUACAUAAUAUGGUUAGGCCAAAAAAAAGGUGACAUAACAUUUUGGCAAAUUUCACCUAUUCGUUUAUGUUUCCAGAAUUUGUCAACUUUGCUGAAAGGCAGUUCAAAUGGCCUUGGGUCAAAAGCAACCUUCUCAAUUUUGGUCACACCUAAAAUGUAUGAUAGUCCUAUAGUACAUUAUAACCAACCAUAGAAUAGAAUAUUUACAAAUUCCUGGAGUAAUGUCCUUCUUUGUCUUUGGCCUGCAGACUAGAAUGAGGGUGGCAGCAAUUUGCCAGAGCUUUCCUGGGACACCAUCUGUGUAGUUUGCCUUCAUUAGAUCUGAUUUUUGUUUCCCACUGGUAGAUGUGAUUUUGUAGUUGAAAACAUUUCGCUACCAUCUAAUGCUAUUUCCAAAUAUUGUCGUGCCUUUUUAUACUUAAUCCAGAUGAAGACUAACACCAUGCCUGUUCAGGAAAUCCCUGCAUUCUACAUUGCUGUUAUCUAGACACAAAGCAGAGGCACAUUUAAUUCAACUAUUUGGUUUACAAUAUAAAUCUUUUGUAGAAGCCAGGUGAUCCAGAAAUCUCUGCAUGCCUAAAUUCCUGAUGUUUCUCCAUACAAAUCAACUUAAUUUCCUAGCAGAACAGAACAGCCUAAUUACAUGGAGUUAAGGGGAAGCAUUUCUGCACUAUUAUUUCAUCAAGGAGGAGAGAAACGUAGAAGCGUCCCUCACGGGACGGGGCCAACAAGUAUGAACAAACGUCCCUUCAUUGGCUCACGGGCCAGGGAUGCUGGACACAAACAAAUUCUGGGUUAAACUGCUAGCAGACCAGUUUUCCCUGUAGUAAGUUUAACCUUACAAAUUGUUCUCUCUGUUAAAAUUUCCCUUGGGUAAUGGCUGUUGUUUCCAGAAUGCAAUGAAAGUGGAAUUCCAAAGGCCUUGAAAAAAAUGAGUGGAAACCAGUUGGUAUUGAAGGAAAAGAGCAGGAGCUUCAAUAUUUAAUGUAAGUUCGCCCAGCUGCAACAUACUUUUCAUUGUUGCCUUUAGUCAUCUCACGGGCAUUGACAUUUUGUGCUUAGAAAAUACUUUGAUUCUGUAAUUUAAUAAUUGGUCAUUUUUGUAAAUAUUAACAUGCCUUGUGUAUGACUUGCUUACCUACUUUGCAAGGCUUUUGGCAACCUUUUAACUCAUGAACGACGUGACUCAAGGUGAUGUUUUCUGUCUAAGUCAAGCGAUGGCUUCCAAACCGAUGAAUUAGCUGUUGACAGCUAAAGUACGGUGUGCGAGAUUGCUUUAACUUGAUAUGUAUUUUUGUUGACUGAAGUUUUUUUGUAAAAAAAAAAAUAUAUAUAUAUAUAUAUUUACAAUGUUAUUUGAAUGAUUUCUUGUAAAUGCUGUGAAUCUAUAUUUGUUGUUUUGUAUCUGGAUAUUAAAAUUAAUUUGCCAA